GCCGGACGCCCAGGGAAGGCAGCUCUACAGGAGCGCUUUUGCGUUUCCUCUUCCUCCUCUAGUCAAUUCUCGGUUUCACUUCCGGUCCCCCCACUUCCGGUCCAUCCCGUUUGUCCUUCCGACGGAAACGUCGGCGGUGCGGUCGGAUCGAGUGUUUCAGUUCCCGACUGGGUCGGCCUCGCCCGAGUUAGUGAAGCUCCAGGGGCUGGGGCCGCGGGGCCCGAGGGCAGCACCCUCGCUGCCGCCAUGGCCCGAAAUGCGGAAAAGGCCAUGACGGCCUUGGCAAGAUUUCGCCAAGCUCAGCUGGAAGAGGGAAAAGUGAAGGAAAGAAGACCCUUCCUUGCCUCAGAGUGUACUGAACUGCCCAAAGCUGAGAAGUGGAGGCGACAAAUCAUUGGAGAGAUCUCUAAAAAAGUGGCUCAAAUUCAGAAUGCUGGUUUAGGUGAAUUCCGAAUUCGGGACCUGAAUGAUGAAAUUAACAAGCUGCUAAGGGAGAAAGGACACUGGGAAGUCAGAAUAAAGGAGCUGGGUGGUCCUGACUAUGGAAAAGUUGGCCCUAAAAUGCUGGAUCAUGAAGGGAAAGAAGUUCCCGGGAAUCGAGGGUACAAGUACUUUGGAGCGGCCAAAGAUUUGCCCGGUGUUAGAGAGCUGUUUGAAAAAGAACCCCUCCCUCCUCCAAGAAAGACGCGUGCGGAGCUCAUGAAAGCAAUUGAUUUUGAAUACUACGGUUACCUCGAUGAAGAUGAUGGUGUCAUUGUGCCUUUGGAACAGGAAUAUGAAAAGAAAUUCAGGGCCGGAUUGGUGGAAAAGUGGAAAGCAGAGAGAGAGGCUCGGCUGGCAAGAGGAGAAAAGGAGGAGGAGGAGGAAGAGGAGGAAGAGAUCAACAUCUAUGCUGUCGCCGAGGAGGAGUCUGAUGAGGAAGGCAGCCAGGAGAAAGGAGGCGACGAUGGGCAGCAAAAGUUCAUCGCCCACGUCCCGGUGCCGUCACAGCAAGAGAUCGAGGAGGCGCUCGUGCGAAGGAAGAAGAUGGAACUCCUCCAGAAAUACGCUAGUGAGACCCUUCAGGCCCAGAGCGAGGAGGCCAAGAGACUUCUGGGGUAUUAGGGCCGAGCUGGGACCUGCACGGGGUCUGGAAAUCUGCCGGGUGACCGUCACCCACCGCCGGCCUUUGUCCUGGGACUGCCGAUGGGCAGGCUGGUGCCGUGAGUACUGGGACCCCUUCUCCCAUCUUCCCUGACACCCAGCCCCAGCCUUCCCCAGCAGGCUGUGCGUGUCAGCUGUCAUGUUUGUAUGCAUUGGCUAUCAUAGGAAGCCACUUAAAAUUUUCACCCCGAGUAUGCCAGCUGGCUGCCUGCGUUUUAUUUAGCUUUCUGCUGGUGACCGCCGGGGAUGGGGGUCAGGUUAUGACUACCAUUAAAAAGCUGCAGUUUUUCCUAAAAAGACCUACUGCUUCCUCCUCUUGAGAAAUGAGAACAUGUGUCAGCUUGGCCCACAGUCCCAUAGGUGAGGCACCAGCCAGGCCUCAUCCUUUUGAGGGGAGACCGCUUACAGUUCUCCAGGGCCUGCUUGUGGCUCGCUCCGCUUGCCUCAUCCCCUCCUGCCCAGGCAGCUGGAAUUUCAGUUUGUUACUUCUGUUUCAUGACUGAUUCUGAAGAGAGCUAUUUUUAUUAAAGAUUUUUAUAUCAAAGGGCAA